UGGCAUGCAGAGAGGCGGGGCUUUGCUGGCCCUGCAAGCCUGGGCAGGUUUGCCACAGCAGCCCGGCAGCAAACAAAGGGUUUGCAGGCCGGCUCCGUGGGCUGAUGGGAAGUGUAGUUCUCCCUCCCGGGUAAGGUUCAAACCAAUCUGUGCUGUGAUCCCAGGCAGCUCCAGUACCUUCCGGGCAAGGACUACAGCUCCCAGGGGCCUUCUGCAGCUCGGUGGGGGGGGGGAACCUUCACUCUGGGGGCUAACACAGCAGCACAUGUGACCUGCGUGGGGAGCUGCCCUGUUCCUCAGCAUCCUUAGCGUGUCAGGCUUUGCUUAAACCGACCUAAGAGCCCUGCCUGCGGAUCUGCCCCGUUCCUCUUCUCUGCUCUCUCCCUGCCUGCCCUGGUGACUGCUCAGCUCAGCCCAGAGUCCCCCUGCGCUGCGGCCAUUAAGAGAGAAAACCCAGCGGGGGAAUAGGAGUCCUCGUUAUCCGCUGAGUUCCAGCCAAGAAAGCCCGUCUACACCCGGUGCGUUCCAGCACCAGAGGGGGAUGGCCGAGGCGAUCUCCGCUCAGAGGCUGGUAACGUUUGAGGAUGUCAGUGUCUAUUUCUCUCCGGAGGAGUGGGAGAUUUUGGAAGAAUGGCAGAGAGAGCUUUACCGGGACGUCAUGAGAGAGAACUAUGAGCUUCUGAUCUCAAUGGCAGGUCAUUCUGUUACGAAACAUCACCUCCCGCCGCAGAGUGAGCAAGAGGAGGAGCUGCCACGUCCCAGGGAAUGGCGCGACGCAGAGGAAAAGGGGACUCGGCAAAGCUGCCUCACAGAUGAUGAGAACUUUACUAUAAAAUCAGAACCACCUGACCCCUUACCAGAGAGAUCAGUAGAGAAUCUCUCCUUGACUCCAGACUGGAGAAACGCCUACGAGAUCCAGUGCAAACCGCAAAGGCAACAGAUGUACCAUGCAGGAGCCAGGCAUGAGAAGGUAACUAUAAAAUUAGAGCCAAGUGAGUCCUCAUCAGAAAAGUCUGAGGAAGAUCUUUCCACAUCUUCAGACAUCUACGGGAUCCAGUGCAAACCAGAAAGGCAGCAGAUGAGCCCCACCGGAGCAGAGAAUGAGAACCUUUCUGUGAAAUUAGACUCACCUGAACAGUCCAAAGACACUGUUCUUGAGCCUUCAGAUUGGGACAGCAUCUUCAGGAUCUCUUGCAAAUCAGGAAGGCAGCCGGUGAGCCCCACUGAAGCAACCCAUGAAACCUCCACUAUAAAACUGGAGGUACUGGACCAAUCAUCAGAAACUCGCCAACAGAAUGUGACCAUGAAUUCAGACUGGGGGAGUGUCUGCAGGAUCCCAUGCAAAUCACAAAGGCAGCUGAGGAGCACUCUAGAGGCUGAACAAUCCAGCUUUGGCAACAUGAAGAAUUUUGCACUUUUCCAAGAACACCUGAAGAGAGAAAUGCCUUACGUGUGCCUAGAAUACGAAGACAACUUUGCGGAUCAGGUUGGCCUGGAACCACACCAGGGAAAGCUCCCACUGGAGGCUCCAUUUAAGUGGACUGGUUGUGGCAGCGGCUUUGGGCCGAUGUCCCUUCUCAUGACUCAUGAGAAAACCCACAUGGGAGUGAGGCCGUACAUCUGCACGGAAUGCAAGAAGGGCUUCAAUCACAAACAAGACCUGAUACGGCACUACCGUAUCCACACGGGAGAGAGACCCUAUCAGUGCACCGAAUGCGGGAGAAGCUUCGUCCAGAAAACGCACCUUAUAACGCACUUCCGAAUCCACACGGGCGAGAGGCCGUUUCCAUGCACCGAGUGCGGGAAAGACUUCAGGAAGAAAACCCACCUGAUGCGGCACCAGAGGACUCACUUGGGAACUCGGCCGUUUCCCUGCUCUGUGUGCCAGAAGAACUUCAGCCACAAGCAAGAUCUUGCCAGGCACCAGCAGAUCCACACAGGGGAACGGCCAUUCACGUGCACCGAGUGUGGGAAAAACUUCGGUUGGAAGAAGAAUCUUAUCACCCACCAGCGUAUCCACACGGGGGAGCGGCCCUUUAGCUGCGCCAAGUGUGGGAAGAGCUUCAGCUGGAAGAAAUACCUCAUUACGCACCAGAAGACCCAUGAGGAGAAGAGACUGUACAACUGCCCUCACUGCGACAGGAGCUUCUGCCAGAAGUCCAUGCUCAACUUGCACCAGAAGACUCACCUCGAGAGGCGAUCCUACACCUGCACCGUAUGCCAGAGGAGCUUCGGCCACAAGCAGGACCUCAUAAGGCACCACCGGAUCCACACCGGAGAGAGACCCUUUGCCUGCAGCGAAUGCGGGAAGAGCUUCAGCCAGAAGACUCACCUUGUUACCCACUUCAGGAUCCACACAGGCGAGAGGCCAUUCCUGUGCAGCGAAUGCGGGAAAGGGUUCAGCAAGAAAACCCACCUGAUGAGGCACCAGCAAAUCCACACCGGGGAGCGGCCCUUCAGCUGCACCCAGUGCGAGAAAGGCUUCAGCUGCAAGAAGAACCUCCUCACCCACCAGCUGAUCCACUCGGGGGACGUGACCCUCUACGCCUGCACCGAAUGCGAGAAGAGCUUCAUCUGGAAGAAGAACCUCAUCACCCACCAGAAGAUCCACGCGGGGAAGAAGCCGUUUAUCUGCACCGAGUGCGGGAAGACCUUCAGCCAGAAAACCCACCUGAACACCCACCAACGCAUCCACACCGGAGAGCGGCCUUUCCCCUGUGCCCAGUGCGGCAAGGCCUUUAGCCAGAAGUCCAUCCUCAUCACCCACCAGAAGACCCACCUGGGCAGCAGGCCCUACGCCUGCACGGAAUGCGACAAGAGAUUCAGCCACAAGCAGGACCUGAAGCGACACCUGAGGAUCCACACAGGAGAGAGGCCUUACGUGUGCACCGCGUGCGGCAAGAGCUUCAACCAGAGGACGCACCUCAUCACGCACUACAGGAUCCACACCGGGGAGAGGCCCUUCCCCUGCGACCUCUGCGGGAAGCGCUUCAGCAAGAAAACACACCUCAUCAGGCACCAGAGAGUGCACGCCGCGGUAAAGCCGCACACGCGCAGGCUCAACAUAGGGGCCAUCUCCAUGGGGAGCCAGAUUUCGGUCUCGGUUGGAAGUCCUAUUUCACUCGGGGAUCCCCUGAAGGAGGAGACCAUAUACAUUUACCAGCUGUGAAAGAAGAGCAACGCUAGACGCCUGCCCCACAGAGCUGAGCGAGGAAGGUGCAAAGAAGCAGCUUUUUGUAAAAUAACCACUCAGAAUCCAGACAGUUCUGGAUGUGAGAGAAGCUUCACUACUGCUCCACAGCAGGGCCACAUGCCUGGACCCAGUAGGCAGGAGCAGGUCCAGUCUAACCAUCCAGCUCCUGUUUCCGCCAACAAACACGCACAGAGCAGAAUUCAUGUCUAUUUAUCAGGCUGACAUCUGCAGAUAAACAUUAGAGCACCCCAGGGACCAGCCGAAGGUUCGUCUCCUCUCUAAGGUUAAUUAGUGGCCUCACACAAAGAACAUACUUUGGCUCAAAAUUGCAGCAAGUUGCCUUAGUUGCACAUGCAGAAGUUGAGUGCAUCUGUCUGUGCCCCCAAAAGUGCAUCAGCCUAUGCAAGAUGAGCAACUGCAUGCACAAAAGCAUGUUUGGAGUGCACAUAAACACCACAUGCUCCCAAUAUUUGCAAGCACAGUUAAUGAGUCCCCCGGGAAACACGUCCCUUUGUAUCCUGGAUGAAAGAACAUCCAUCACAACUGGAUUUUUAAAAGUCACAAGACAGUCCACACAGACAUUCACGGGAAUCUGCGGAGAGGAAUAGAAGCUUCACUACUAGGUCCUGCUCCAGUCUACUCUGCAGAUCUGAACCAGGAGAGCAAAGACAGACCUGUAAUGAAUGUGUGAAAAGCUGCUGUUGAUGUUUAAAUGUAAAUCUCAAAUGGGAUUAUCGCAGGAAUGAACAAACCACAAAGACUGCACUCAGUUGUACAGUAACCUAUGAACAUGUGAGAAAUGGGGGGACACAGUAUACAGCGUGUGGAAUGGUUUCAAAAGAAGAGGAGUAAAGGAAUAACCAUGAUACCCUGUUAUCUCCUUUGUCUGCCGCUCCCCCUGCACCCCAUAUCCGCAGGGUGGCAGAGGACAUUGAAGGCGAGUUGGCAGGAAGCCGUGGUGGUAAGGAGUUUUGAACAGAACCAUCAUUUCUCCUUCUUGAACUGCUCCUGGAAACAUUGGAGUGUAUUUCAAUGGCCAGGGGCUUUCCAUUCAGACAGGGGGAAUGUCUGUGCAGAUCUUUGCUCGUUCGGCUCACAUAUCUGCAGGGGAGAGCCGCUCGAGGGGAUUCAGAACCGGGUGUACCAUGAGAAUCCAGGCACCGUCUGCUUCCCCACAGGGACCAAGGGCUGUUACUGCCUGGGUUAGAUCUAGCUGCCAAACCGAGCGUGCUGAGUAUCAGACACGCUCACACAGUCUAGCCAUGAUACACUAACAGGGCUUACAUUCGUCCGGAGCCGAGCUCUGGGAAAUAUUUCCGAGCCCCAGCACUACCCUGUGGGGUGCAGCCCCUGCCCACUAUGUGGAACUGAAGCCCUGAGCCUCUGUGCACCCCCAUCCCGCACCUCUGGUGCGGCUGAAUCCCAGAGCCCAUCACCUCGCCAAAGGGCAGAAGCCCUGAGCUCACCCCACCAGUCCAGUGUCUGGAGCUCUGAGCCUCCCCUCCACCUUGCUGGGCCCUGGAGUUUUUAUAGCAUGAUGGGGGAGGGUGUUAGGGGCUCUAGGAAAUAAUCUACGAGAUUUAAGAUCUGCCCACUAAUACUACAGCCUCUGCAACAGGGGCUGGCAGAGACUUUGGUGCCUAACAUACAACACAACGACUUGUUCAUCCACAGAAGCAGAGAAUCUCUGAAGUCGCAUUCAGUGUCCUCCAUAAAGUACAGGUCCGUUGUCGUGACAGUGAUGAUAUGACUGAUGUUACUGCACUUACCUCUCCCAGGCAAUCUAGGGGCCCGAGUCUGAGCUGUCCAGCGCCUCAGGGCCUGUAUCUCUCCCUCCAUCGCUGUAGUGUCUGAAUCCCUCCAAGUAAAACCAACCCCCCAUUGCCACUGUUGGAGGGUUUUAA